ACCGUGGAAGAAUGGGCGGAACGCGUCAUUGUAUUGCACACCUCUAAAAAAAGGGAAAAGAAAAGAAAAAGAAAGAAAAAACACCGCUCGGAUUCAUAAAUAUAAAAAGAUCCUCAGAGGAGGGCUGUGUUUUUUUUUUGUGUGUGUGUGUGUGAUGGCAACUUCACUUCUAGGGGUGAGUCUCCGAAAAGGACUUUCUUGCUGCUUCAAUUAGUUCUUGUCAUUGGCUGCUCCUCUCCUGCUUGGGGGAUUAUACUUUAAAAUCUGGGGGCAAAAUUAAAGCGAGGACAGUGCUGAGCUUCUAUUUUCGGUAGAUGGGAUCAAAGUUGUGUCUGGUGCGCUUCUCUUGUGUGUAAAAGUUUGUCCAGGAGGAGCCGAGGUUGGGAUCGACUCCUUUAGCCAUGUUAGCUGCGACAUGUAACAAAAUAGGGAGUCCGAGCCCUUCGCCUUCCACCAUUUCGGAUAACUCCUCGUCUUUCGGGAAAGGCUUCCACCCGUGGAAGAGAGCCGCCGCCAGUAGCUGCAGCCUUGGCUCCGGCCUGUCCGGCUUCGGGGUGUCCCGCAACGGCUCGGGCAUCUCGGACUCGUUCAGCUCCAAUGGCUCCGCGGGUUCCAGUGCCUUCUCCCUCACAUCUGGCGCCUCGCCCGGCUCCCACUUUGGAAACGACUACUCCGUUUUCCAAGCCUCCGUGUCGAACGGCUCCCAGGAGUCGAGCCACCAGCCGGUGUUCAUCUCCAAGGUGCACACGUCCGUGGACAGCCUGCAGGGCAUCUACCCGAGGAUGAGCGUGGCGCACCCGUACGAGUCGUGGUUCAAGUCGUCUCAUCCCGGCAUCCCCGCGGGAGAGGUAGGGACCACAGGGGCAUCCGCUUGGUGGGACGUAGGGGCCGGCUGGAUUGACGUUCAGAACCCUAACGGAGCAGCACUACAGACGUCGCUACAUUCCGGUGGACUGCAGACGUCCUUGCACUCUCCCCUGGGCGGAUAUAAUUCUGAAUAUUCCACUUUAAGUCACUCUGCCUUCAGUACCAACCCCUCUCCGCACCUGUUGACCACCGGCCAGCACCUGAUGGACGGCUUCAAACCGGUACUCUCGUCUUACCCGGACGCGACCCCGUCUCCGUUAACCGGUGCCGGGGGUACCAUGCUCUCCGGCGCUCCGCCCGCCUCCUUAUCGGCGUCCCCGAGGUCAUCUGCGCGGCGCUACUCGGGCAGAGCCACUUGCGACUGUCCCAAUUGCCAGGAGGCAGAGAGACUGGGACCGGCUGGCGCCAGCCUCCGGAGGAAGGGCCUCCACAGUUGUCACAUCCCCGGUUGCGGGAAGGUUUACGGGAAGACGUCCCACCUCAAGGCGCACUUGCGCUGGCACACCGGCGAGCGACCGUUCGUGUGCAACUGGCUCUUUUGCGGCAAGCGGUUCACGCGCUCCGACGAGCUCCAGCGACACUUACGCACGCACACCGGCGAGAAAAGGUUCGCCUGCCCUGUGUGCAACAAGAGGUUUAUGCGAAGCGACCACCUGAGUAAGCACGUCAAGACUCACAGCGCCGGUGGGUCUGCCGGUUCGGGCUCCGGGGGCAAGAGGGGGAGCGAUACCGAAAGCGAGCACAGCGCACCGGGGAGCCCCCCUUGCCACUCGCCGGACCUGUUGCACCCGGCCGAGGCGAGGCAGGGCGUGGUGGGCAUGAACGGCCUCUAACUCCGUUUCGUUGGCGUUAAAAGUGUGUGAACCACGAGGAAGUGUCGGGAAUAUUCUGGAGGGACAUGACAGUAUAGUGGACAUUACUAUGUGCGUAAUGCUCAUCACGAUUGUCGUUCAGAAUGAGAAAAUCGACCUAUUCGUUUGUCAAUAAGACCACACCGGUGUGUGCACAAAGUUCCAUCGUCACGCCUUUAGAAUUUUUUUUGUUUGGGGUGACAUGGAGAUUAAACAGUACUUUCGUGGACGUCUCAUUAAAAGGCCAACACAUUUCUUGAAUUAUAUGCUUUGAUACACCACGCGUAACAUUGGAACUGUCAAUAAUAAAAUAGGCCUAUACAUUUCCCAAUAUCAUUCCAGGGAUUACACUUCGAUGUAUGUGUGCACAAUAUAUGUCAUCGAUUAAGAAAAUAUGACCAUUCGUUUCUCCACAAGGGCACGCAAAUGCACGAUAUUUUCUGUCAUUUUCGAGGGUCAUUCGGUUUUUUUAGAACGGCAAGACAGUGGACGUCAUUUAGUGUAUGCACAAAACCCAUCAAAAUUCCCCUAUACAUUUUUUAUGAAAGGGCAUUCAUUCAAAUGCAUAUAUACCAUAUAUGCAUAAUGGUCAUUUAUGAAUAAAAUAACAUUUUUCUGUAUGCGAACAUUAACUGAAUGUAAAAAAUCAUAAACGAUUUCUUUCAUUUAAUAAAAAAUAGGCUUGCACAUCUUUUUUUCUUUUGAGACAUAAAUGUUUAACUAUAUAAUUUAAUGCAAAGUAUAAGCUGAAGGACCAAUGUCAUUGAGAAAUUAGAUCUGCAUUUUGGGAAAUUAAUUAAUGUAUUCACAACGAUCCCUUAUCAUUGCAUUUAUGCCGAACAGGCCCCUACAUUUUCCGGGGCUAAUGUCUCAACAGUGUAUAUAUGCACAAUGCUCCGUUAUAAGUGUAUCGUAUUGAGAAAUUAGGCCUACACACUAAUUAAUAAGUACGUGAUAAUUAAUAUAAUUUAGUGUACGGAGCUCCAUCUCGUUUGUUGGGGAAAAUAUAGGCCUAUACAUUAUUAAGUCAAGACCUGACAGUGAACAUACAGUGCAAUGCUUCAUCCUACGUAUCAUUUUUUUUGGGGGGGGGGGGGGGGGGGGUGGAAUAGACAAUAUAUUACUUUUUUUCCAUUGAAAUAUUGCCGUUCCAAUAGAAACAUCCCCUAGUAAAAGUGAAGGAAAAUACGUUUGAUUCACACCUUAUCGUGUAUUUUGGACGGGCUGCAAAAAAAAAAAAAAGUCGUGCUGUCAUACAUUUUGUUCAAGGGCAAACUCUGGCACUUUAUACUACUGAGAAGGAGAGAUUAACAAAUAGCUCGGUUGUGGUAGAAUUGUGGGGUGUUUUUCUUCAAUCUGACCGUCACACACACAACACACACACGCAAACACUUUGUGUCCAGCCCACAUGUGCAUCAAGGGAAGUUUGGAGUUGAGGAGGUCCUUUGACUUAUACGACUGCAAAAUGUGCUGUAAAUAUUGAACCAUGUAGGUUAGAAUAUACGCCCAUGUCAAAGGUGAGUAAUGUAUUUGUCCAGGAGACGAUUUUGUAUAGAUAUUUCUAGUUGUAUAUGGACUCUAGUAAAUAUUUGAAAAUAUACGGAGAUUUGUUUUGUCAUGAUAUGAAAUGUAUUGUGGGGAGUUCUAUUUAACCACGACUUUUCUUGUAUUUAGGGGUGAUAUCAUUAGGCGCACUUUUGAAUUUAUUUGUAAGGUUUGGAAAUGAGUUACUGUUUACCCACUCUUCUUGUUGUUAUUUUUUUUUAUUUAAGUAAGCAUGUUCCAUGUAAAGUGAUUUUAAUUUUACAAUGAUAUCCCUUUUUUCCUCCUUCUGAGAAUGGCUUUUUAUGUGAGCCACUCAAUAAAGUCAUUAUUGACUCAGAAUCACUUUGUUGGGUCGACUAAAUGUGGCAAUGAAACUGA